GCCAUUUCCGGAAUUUGGAAGCUGCAAAAAUGGAAAUGCUUUAAUAAAAAAACUUCACGCAACAGGCAACGCAUUCGUAAGAAGAUGAGGUUUUUAGUAUUAUGGAGUCCUUGUGCAAAACAACAACCACUCGGGACAGGUCACAGGAUUCUUGCUCAAGCUCAGACUCUAAUUCAAGCAGUACGAGUGAAUCUGAAAGAUUGAGAAAACUAUUUGAAAGUUGUGACGAUGAUGGAGAUGGAUUUUUAAACAGAGACAAUUUUGCUUUUAUGUGCAAGCAGCUCAGUUUGGAAGAGUGGACAUCUGACAUUCUCGACCAGCUUGGAAUAAACACAACCUCCCGCAUAUCAUUUGAAGAUUUUCUGCGCUUCAGAGCUCAGGUGUUGGUUCCUGACACGGUUAUCCCUGAAGAUAAGGACACGGGGCUUGUUACCCAAGACGAAACAGACACAGGGAUUGACCUUAAUAUGAGUCGGCCGCAUACGCAAGUUACAUCAUGGCCAACAAUGAGCAGCGACAGUAUCGGUGCGUUAUCCGGCCGCCCAGAUAGUCUAGAUUAUGACAGUGGAGCCCGGGACCUCCAGAGCCCCGACCCUGCCCCAAGUCUGCUCCGAUUGGUUGAGGCUCAUGACCCAGCCCUGUACCGUGAGGUCAGCGAGAUGUCACCUGUCACUCAACAGUUCCUAGACCUGGCUAAUAGGCUCCACCAGGCGACAUUGACCUCGCUGAAAGGGGAGAUUAAUGAAUUACGGAGUCGUCUACAGCGAGAUAGUUUGGAAAGGGACAGUUUUGAGAAGCAACUGGACAAGCUACAUGCGGAGAACCGUAACCUCCAAGAUGACUAUGACGAACGUAUAGAUGAGCUUACGUUUCGAUAUGAGGAGAGGAUUACAGAGCUACACAGUGUGAUAGCUGAACUGAGGAAGAAGAUAGAGAGACACCAAAUUAAUGUGAUCAGAGAGGAGGAUGAAGAUGAAGUUGACGCUGCCAUCAGCACAAAGAGCCAAGAUGGAGGAAGCUUUAAUGAGGCCACAUCACAAUCCCAUACACAUGAGAUGGGAUAUGACCUAAACUCAGAGCUGUCCCGCGUGGUAACGGAGUUAGAGAGUGCAAUUCACGAGAGGAAGACCCAGUCCCAAGGAACUGAAACGGAAGCGGGUGCGGAGAAUGAGGAUGACGAUGUGGAAGAGAAAGCAUUGGAGAUCUGUAAGAAGAUGGAGGACUUUAGUUUUGAGCCAGUGUCUGAAGGAGCCUUAUCUGGAGGUCUACGCCCGGCGACCUUCCAUCCACCCCCUCCCCCACCCCCUAAUGAAUUUCCUGAUCCUGGUUAUCUUCAGGAGGAGAUUACUCUACUGAGAACAGAAAACGGCUCACUUCAGGAGCAAAUUUUCAAACAAGAGCAGGACCUUCAGCAUCUAAGACUCGCCUUGGCCAACAUGACAGAAGAGAAAAACAAGAUUAAAAAACAGGUUACAGACCACCAAUCUCGUCUCCAAGGUUACGAAGGACCAGGCAGUCCAGUCGGCAGUAGAACAUCCACACCAACCAAACAGCCACUAUCUACAAACUUGGAGAGACCUGGUGUCAAUAUCACUCCCAUGAAGGCCUCGGACAAUUUCCCAGUGGCUAAAGUGGCCGAGUUGAAGAAGCUGAAGACGUCCAACAGUGAACGAUCUAUCCUAGGAAGUGAAAUGAGUAGUGUUGGGAUGCCGAAUACAAAAGUAGCCGAGCACCUUGUUCAAAGUUUAUGGAAAGGCUCAAACCUGCAGGAAAUCGUUCAAAACGCCACGGAGAAGUCGGGACUUCUCGACGUUGAUUCUAGAGUUACAGAAUUCGAAAUAGAAUUAGAGAGACUGCAGUCUCAGAUUGACAAUUACAAAGCUCAAAUGGACGUGUUAAACUUGACUUUAGAUGAAUCCAAAGCGAAUUGUGAUAAAUUGACAGUGUUGAUGGGGAAGUAUGAGUCGAACAAUACGGCGUUACAAAUUGUGUUGAACUAUGGUGGUUUGUGUAUAGAGACUUACGAGAUCAUAUGUGCGCUGUUGGAGAGUGAAUUAGGUGUUGUGUUAGCGAACUGUAGAGCAGCAGGCAUUGGAUCUUUAGGAGGGGAGAGUUUCAUGGACGAUCAAGGGGAGAUCACUUCGAUUCUUCAGCGAGCCCACCAGUCUAGGCGCGCGGCAGAAAAUGUCAGCAAGCAUCUGAUACAUAAGCUUGACCGCUCGUUUAAUGUCGGCACUUCGUUUACAACGAGUAGUUCUGGGCGACAAUCACCGGGAAACAGAUCGUGGGAUGAUUUAAACAGCUCGGGUAGAUUUACUAGUAACAACAGUUCGUCAGGUUUCUGUGAUGCUGAAUUCACUAAGACUGACGAACGUCGCCUACGAGAUUACAUACACCGCCUUAAACAUGAACAAUCCAAAGUAGAGCACUCCGUACAGGAGCUAGAAAGCAUACACUCGUACACUGAUGCGCCCCUAGAGAGGCGUGGACACUCUGAGGCCCAGAGGCUUGACCUGGAGAAUGCUGUCAUCAUGCAGGAGCUCAUGGCUAUGAAGGAGGAAAAGGCUGAAAUAAAAGCCCAGAACUAUCUUCUGGAAAAAGAAAAGCGCUCUCUCGAGUUAAGACUCAACAGCAUGGAGUCCCAGGAGCAUGCGUAUGUUGUUCAAAUUGAAACUCUUAAAACGGAGGUGGCUCGGACACGUGAUUUGGAGGAGAAGUCUGGCAGUGACAGGUCCACUCCUCCAGUCUCAUUGGUGGACAGUCUGUCACAUGACCAAGCAGGCGACCAACCAGAACUGCUGAAGGAACUCACUGAUGCAUUAAGAAGAGAAAAGAAAUUAAAAGCACAGGUGGCGGAGCUGGUAGGAGCGUUGGAGAAACUGUCCCGGAAUUCGGAGGUUCGGCACCAACAGUCAGCAGAGUUUAUCAACGACCUGAAACGAGCCAAUAGUGCUUUGAUAUCAGCGUUUGAUAAGGCGAAGAAGAAAUACCAGGGGAAACUGAAGAAACUAGAAUCACAGAUGCAGAGUCUAACUGAGAGAUACGAGGCUCAGAUUCGGAUGAUGAAACAAAAACUGUCAAGAAUAGAGGAUGAGACUAAACAGAGAGUCGCCAAUGAAACGUCACUUUAGAAUGGGGUUAAUUUGAAUUGUCCAAUCAAAAGUUGUGUUACAUUUAUAUUCCAUUGUUUGUAGCCAAUGAAAAAUUGGUUUAGAAAGUGUUCAGUUGGGCUGUCCAAUCCAAUCUUGUGUUACAUUUUAUAUUCUAGUUUGCAAUAAAACAUUGCUUUAGAAAAAUGAUAUUUUGGAUAGUCCUUUCAAAAUUUGUACUACUGUUAUAUUUAAUUGUGUAUAGCCAAUGAAACAUCGCUUUAGAAAGUGUUCAACUGGACUGUCCAAUCAAAAGUUGUAUUAAUGUUCCAUGGUUUGUAGCCAAUAAAACACGGCUUUAGAAAAAUAUUAUUUGAAUUGUCCAAUCAAAAUUGGUGUAACAUUUAUAUUUCAUUGUUUGAAGCCAAUGAAACAUUGCUUUAAAGAAAAUGCAAUUUUUGAUUAUCCAAUCAAAAGUUGUGCUACAAUUAGUAUGUUCCAUGUGUUUAGCCAAUGAAAAGUUGCUUUUGCAAAGUGUUUAUUUGGACUGUCCAAUCAAAAGCUGUGUAACAUAUUUAUUUCAUGAUGCCAAUGAAGCUUGGCUUAAGCAAAGUGUGAUUUUGAAUUGUCCAAUCAAAAGUUGUAUUAUAGUUAUAUGGUUCAAGACCAAUGCAACUUGGCUUUAGAAAAGUGUUUGUUUGGUUCAACCAAUCAAAAUUUGUGUUGUAUUUUAUAUUUUAUGGUCCUUAACCAAUGAAAAUGGAUGACACAAAAUUCUUUAUCAAAGUUCUUUAAAUGAUUUGUUUCAUUUAAGUGAUGUUAUUUAACAGUGAAAUGACCAAUAUAAAAUUUGGUAUACUGCUAAAAUAAGAAUCAUCAGAGGUGUAAUAUUAUUAUACAAAUUGUGAUAACUUUCAUGUUGAAUUUUGCAUAAAUGUACAUGAAGCUAAGAAUGAAUGGUACAUUUUACCAUACUAAAACAGUGUUCUUAAUAAGAACCGGCUGCUAUCCAAAAUGCACUGUUCAAAUGGCAAUCGGGCUGGUGCGAAUUUGGAAAAAUAAGUGAAUCUUAAGUAGAAUAAGGGCUAUUCCAUUUAAACAUAUAAACCCCAGGGGGAAGGCACUUAAAUUAUACCACCACCCUACAGAAGCAAAUUUACCCUUUUGGGGUCCAAAUAAGCAAAAAUAGACACCCACCCAUAUACUAAGAAAAUAAUGGAAUAGCCCUGAGUUGUAGCCAGUCAGUUACUUUACUAUUUGAGAAGGUUCAACCGAAACUUAUUGAGAACCCUUUAUCAUCAUUUUUUUAUAAUUCGUCAAUAAACCAUUGAAGUAUUUAUUUACCUCAUUAAGUAAAACAAAAUACACAAUGUCAAGUAAUUUACAUUGACUAUAUAUGUGUGCAAUUUUGAAUGUGCCAAUGCUGUCUGGGCAGAGGUCAAUAAUUAUUACAGAUAUUUUGUCAAAUUUGCAAGAUCUGAUUUUACUAUCAUAAUUGUGAUAACCACAAUGUGUUUGAACCCAAAUUCCACUUUUUAUGUGGCCUGUGUAGCAUGGCAGACAGGGAUCGUGUUGUCCAGAGUCAUCUGUGUCUGCAAUUGAUAACAAUAUUCAACUUUACUCAACUCAGAGUUUGAGCCUAAGAAAAAUCACAUUGUCCAUCCAGGAAUUAUGGUCCAUGAAUUGUCAAAAUUUGACCAAUUACACUUUGUCCAUUCUGUAUUUUGAGGAUCCUUUCUCCAAUCUUAACCAAACUUAUAUUGCUCAUGUAUUGUUUUAUGGGCAUAAUAUCUCCACUAAGCUGGAUAAACAGCCAGAUCACAUUUUAACUUGAGAGUUAUUGCCCUUGUUUUGUAACUAAAUAACCAUAUUCACUCGUGACAGCUCUAUAACUAGUAUUUCUUAUACAAUCUUUUGAGCAACAGCUAGAUCACACUAUUGACCACAUAGUUAUGGCCCUUGAAUUGGCAAAAAUUUACCAAAUUCACUUUGUCUGCUCAAUAUCUUGAGCAAUUCUUAUCCAAUCUUUACCACACUUGUUAAAUACCUCCAACAAUAGUUAUCAACAAAUAGAUGCUAUUUAUUCUGAGUUCAAGUGAAAAAAAUAAGUUAUUGCUCUAUUUUCAUUAAUCCUACUCAAAAUAAAUUAUAGUUAAAAUUAAUAUUCCAUUCCAAAAAGUGGGCAAGGCUACCCAAACAGGCGAUAUUUUCAGUUUGAAGAAUUUUGGUUGCGGUUACAUUAAAGUGGAUUUUUUUCUAGACUAAAUAGGGAAUCCAAAGUUCAAAAUUGAAAGCUUGAACUUAAAGACUAUUUUACAAAUGUAUAGAUUGUUUUAUUGCUCUGACAUUUGCAUCAAAAACAGUGGGAAGUACCUUGAAAUGAGUAUACAGUCAAACACUGUUGGCUUGAACUCUCAGGUAACAGUAAAAAUACAAAGAGCCUCAUGGUAUUCGAGCCAAGCCAGAAUGCUUUCCUCCAGUAGAAAGAGAUCGGUCCUUUAUACAUCCAGUUCCAGCCAACGAGGAAAUCGAGCCAAGGGAGUUCAAACCAACAGGGGUUUGACUGUGAAUUAUUUUGUAAACGAUUUUAAAAGGGGUCUAAGCUCCUUUACCGCGAUUUCGGCAUGAAACCCUGAUACACCAACUGAUGCCUGGGUAUUUUCAGGAUUGACAGAUAUCAGCUGUUAGAUCCCCUGAUAAAUGCUCUCUCCAGUGCCAGUAACUUUUUCCUUUGCCAAAAUUGUAUUUAAUUUCAUGUUUCCUCACUUUGUUGUUUUCUUCAUUGCAAGUUUUGUAAUAAGAAUUGUGUGUGAAUUUUGAAUUGAAAUGUUUAAAGUUAUAAAUUAUUUUUGCCAGUAUGUUUAACACUUUGCAAAAAGGGUAUUUUUUUACUUUUAUUUUAUUUUUUGCUUCUGAUGCAUUGAUGUAUUUUAAGGGGUGAGAAUGCUUACCAUAUUAUAGAUUUCUUUGGGGGGUUUUGUCUCCUAGGUCAAUAAAAAAAACUUUGGAUUAGACACCAGAUGAUACCAUUACAAGAAAAAUAUAAAAUAGUAAAAAAAUUACAUAAAAUUGAUAUCAUUGUGAACAAUGUAUUGAAUCUUACUUACUGAUGUGUUACAUCACUUACGGCACAUGCUAUCUUUGCAGUUUUUGUAUAAUUUUCCAUUUCGAAAUUUACUUGGUUUGUCUACCAUUUAAAUUCCAUUAAAUUAAAAAAAGGUGUCAGUUUAUUUAUCUGUACUAAUCAUGUGGCUUUCACGUGCUAAAUGUACACACUUUAAUCAGAGAAUACAUUAAUUUUUAAAUGGGUAAACUCUCUAAGACAGCAACAAAAUAUUAUUUUAGUCAGUAAACAGGCGUAUUAUGGGCAUCAUACUAGCUUGUAUUGACAAUUCUAGGCUUGUUUUGAGGAAAUACUGUAUUUGCCGAUUUUGGGACCAUCUGGUGUCUAUUCCCUUUAAAGGGACUGUACACCAGAUUGGCACCAAAAAAAAGUUUUUUCUGUAAUGAACCUCAGGACAAUUCUUUAAUAGAAUGUGUUACGCUUUGAUAUUAUAAUUGUAAAAAAAGUACUUAAAAUGGAGACUGGGUUCGAACACGUGUUGCCAAAAUUGCAGUGGAGCGCUGUAUCCACUUAGCUACAAAGGAUUACUCUAAACGAGUGGUAUAUUUAAGCUAUAAACCUAACUUGGUAAUAUCAUGUGAUAACAUUGACUAGCCAAUCACGCAUAAGGAAUGAAUUCUACUAGGUAGACAUACCCAGUAAACAUUUAAUUGAAAAAUAUGAAAUAACUGCUAAACUUAAAUAAAUUGUAAACUAUGUUGUACUUCAGUUAGUAAGUUUCAAUGCAUUGUACACAUCGAUGCCAAGUUUAUGUCUGGUGUCUAGUCCCUUUAAGUGCAAUCUGAGGCUCUUAAAAUAAUUCCAACAUAUAUACAAUUGCGACCCUUGGUAUAAAAUUCAGGAAUUUUUGCUUUCAACAAUUCUCACCCAAUUUACUGCUGAUUUUGAAUUGUUCUGUUGGUGCUAAUUUGCCUUUUAUGUGAUUAUUAUUUGCAAAUGUUAUGCUGUCAUAUAUUUUUUUAUAAUAUAUUAUGCAAAGGAUAUGCAUAGAUUAUUAUGUUCUUUUGUUGUGCUAUUUUUUUUAGAUGGAUUACUUUCUUGUAUUCUUGUAAACAGUAUUUAUACAAGGUUUUGUGAAUUUUUUGUUCAAAUUAAUAGAAGCUCAAUUAUCAUUUUUAGCUCUCCUGGCCAAAGGCUAGGAGAGCUUAUGUUGUGGUGCUGUGUCUGUCCUCUUAUUAGUUUGUCCGUGGGUACUUAAGCAUUUGCUUCUGAAUGCAAUACAGUCUUCAGAUUUGAUUCUAUCUCAAUCAAACUUAUACAGUAGUUAAAUAUUAAUGAGAGCUUGGUGUUCCUUUCUUAAACCCAUGCAUGACCAGAUUAUUGACCCUGAAAUGCUGCAGCCCUAGCUAAGGGAGACAACCUAUACAAAGAGUUGCAUUAAGUUUUGUGGUGGUUCAUUCCCUUUGCCCUUUGUAAAACAUAUGGUUAACUGAUUGCUUUCCUUUGAAUGUGGGUUUACCAUAUUGGCUAUUACUAGAAUGUACAUGAUUUGGAUAAAAACUACAAAAACAGUCAUGCAUGUUUUUCGCAUUAUUAUGUUUUCAUGUGAUCGAGACAUCAAAAGUAUGGUAGGUUUUUUUUAUAUUUAGCUCAAACUCUAUAUUAUUUUGUUGGGCUAAUAUUAAGCUCAUCUUAUGUGUUAAGGAAAACAGAUGAAGUAUUGUCAUAACCUUUGUGAAGUUGUUGUCUGUGAUGGUGAUGGCAUCGGUUGUAAGUCAAAAACAGCUCUUGAUAUUUAAAUGAAACUUUGUACACAUGUUGCCAGAGACAAAACUAACCAACUUAGCAAUGAUUGUUGAGUUAAAAAACAACAACAGCAGACUGCCUUCGGCAUUUGGCAUUCACUCCAUGGCACUUUUGUUGAGCACAAACUCUGUAUCACUACUUCAUGCUUGUAAGGGCUGAUAUUUAGAAUUCACUUCUUCUUUAUUGAUCUGACUGUUAAUGGUUUUGUUUCAUGAACAUAAAUAAUUGUUAGUAUUAUGCACCAGUCAAUUGUAACCACGGCCCCCCAAGGUCCGGGGAUAGCCGGGGAAAUGGGCCGUGUUUUUACCUUUCAGGUGGCCCCGCAGUGCCGGGUGAAUGCGGUGGUUUUGCUUCGCUUUAAAUAUAGCAGGGAAUGGGCCUUACCUAGGGGGUGCGGGGGGGAUUUUACCAUCAGUUUGUCGCAGGGCGGGGAUUUUUUGCCAGGGUUGGGUGGACCGAAAGUCAAAAUCCCCACUAUUCCCCGGACCUGGGGGGGCCGUGGUUACAAUUGACUGGUGCAUUAGUUCAACAGAAACAGAAAGUUUCUCUAUUUUAUCUCUUUUGAUCUGAGUUUUCUUUGGUGAUUCUUGUCUUGUUUAAUGAACAUAAAGAAUUGUUUGUAUAAGUUAAACCGAUACAGUAAGUUUCUUUUUUUAUUUCAUAAUUAAUCUGAUUGUUCAGGGAUCUGGCCUUAAUUGAUAAACAUAUAUAAUUUUUCUUAUUAGUCUAACUUGGCAGAUUUUAAAUCUUGCAACCAUCUUGUAGCAAUAAAGCGUGAAAAUAGAUUCACACAUGAUUGCAAUAGUCUACUGAUAUCAUUGGAGAUUAUGCUUUUAAACUAUUCUGAAGUCCCUAAAAAUGUAUUUAAAUAUCCUCUAAAUCCAAUUAAAUUUUUGUAUCUGCUUGGGGCUUGCAUCCCCUAUAUUGAAUUGAAUUGAGGUAGAUUAUUCAGGAUGCUAUUUUUGCUUUUUGAAAUAGUAGCAAGUUUAAUAACUUGUAUAACAUGCCUGUAACUUAUUGUGCUAAAGAUGAUAAUUCUUAUAAGAAGUAACAAAUAAAUAAACAAAAUUAAUGUUUUCACAAUGCUUAAUUUUGUAUGCAAUUGUUAAACGAGUGUUAAAAGGGCACACUACAGGUUAACACUUUAUAGAUUGCAAAAAGAGAUAUUUAAUUUUUUUUAUUUUAAGAUAAAGAAAAUCAGAUUAAAAAAUAUAUUAUAAAUAUUUUGGUGUGUUUUUUUAACUGGGGAAUAUGUUUUUUUUUUCAUACAUGCCUUAUUUCUAAGAGGCUUCCAAGGGGAUUUUGGUCUGAAUUCCGGGGGAUUUUGAUAUUACACCAGAGGAUUUUUACGCGACGAAAAUUUGCGCAAUAUCUGCAUUUAUAAUAUAAGAAUAAAUACAGAAAUACAUUCAAAUUACAAUAAUUUUUCGACUAAGUCAUCAUGGUCCUUCAUGGAAUUUCACACUAUUAUUAAUAUUAUUGAUGCUUUCCACUGUCAACCUUAAGUUUUGUAGAAAGAAAAACAAAUAAUUCCAGGGGAUAUGGAUCCCCCGAUGGGGAACCAGGAGAUGGGUCGAAAUUCCGGGGGAUUCCCCCUCCCCCGCCGGGGGAUAUGGCAUGUAUGUGUUUUAAUUGUACACAAAUCAUACGCUUUUUGUUGUGAUCAUUGAAAAUAAAUGAGUUAAACAUAAUAAUGCAUGUCAAUUCAAAUAAUGAUGUUGCAUCUAGCAGAACAUGAGAGGUAAAUUCAAGAAGAUUAUAUCUUCUUCUUUAUUUAAUAUCAUUCAUUCACACCUUAAAGUGUAAACCUUUAUUGUGCCACUUUAAGACGUUUUUUUAUGAAUGUAUUUCUGAUCAUAGUUGAAUAUUUAAAUGUGCUAUUAUACUUGUGUUCAUUCGCCUUGUAUUCAUUUCAUUUAUUGCUGAAUAUUUUACAUGCAUUCUACUAGAUAUUUAUACAAAUUAUUUGCAUAAAUAAUGAAUA